GAUCUUUGUGCAAAUGUGGCUGCUCAGUGCAUGCAAAAUUAACUAUUCAUAGCCUAGUUGAUGACAAAGCAAUUGUCAUAGUGUGCUCCGCGGCUCAUCACUUAAUGAAAUGUUUUUCACCAGUCACGGCCUACUUCAUUAUUUUUUAGUUGAUGGUUUGGUUAUUGUUUCAUAUAGUUGCUACCGAUCGUAAUAAAAGAAUGUGCAGACAAACGUUUUAUCAAUCAGGACGAUGUUUGCCUCAGCAGUUGUUACGAUUCUAACUGUAUCAUCCUUGACCGCGGGAGUGAAAGAAUGUCGAGACACUGUAAGAGGUUUUGAAUACAGGGGAACUUUAAUAAGCAAGACGAGGAAGGGGAAAAGCUGCCAAGCUUGGACAGCGAAAACUCCUCAUGUUCCAAGUUACCAACCUGCUGACAUAGCCACGGCAUACAACUACUGUCGGAACAUGCCUUCCGGAUCAGACACUGGCACUGCACCGUGGUGUUACACAACGAGUUUGGACAUGAGAUGGGACUACUGUGAUGUACCUUUCUGCGACGGUAUGCCAUUACUGAAACAAUGCAGGGAUAUUGUGCACGACGUGGAGUACACUGGAACACUAAGCAUUACCAAGACUGGGCUGAUCUGCAAGGCGUGGUCGCUAAACUUUCCUGUAGUACCAGGCGAUUGGCCCAAUUCCUCUAACUAUUGUAGGUGUAGUAUACGAGAAAACGAGCCUUGGUGUUACAUUACGGAGAAGAAGGACUGGGAAUAUUGCGACGUUCCAUUCUGCUCUGGUCCCGUCCGUCAUCUGGUUUCUGCGAGAUCCAAGAGCGAUAAUAAAAUAGACGUCAUUUUCACUAAACAAGCAUCGGCCGUCUCGACAUGUUCCAAUUCCGCCACGGUGAAGGUCGCAAGCGUUGUAGAGUGUGCGGAUGCAUGUGUCAGGAAGUCGCCAACGUUAUGUACUGGUUUCAUUUACAAGCGAGUCGAGGAAUGCUUUCUUGAAUUAUGCUGAAUGUAAAAUAACAGUCCUAUAGAUACGGGUUUUAAAUACAUGAUGCACCACAGUACACCCAACAUUUGACAUUUUGUGAAUUCCAUGAUUUGACAAAUACCAUUUCUGCUGAACAAUUUUUGAAAGUUUGUGGGAUUGAUGUGUUGGAAUGGGGAUUUUGUUUUUCGUAGCAACCUAUAAGUGAAAAGUGUAUUUCAAGAUAACGUUUAAUCGUUCAACGCAAUUUUGAUAAUUGUAUUGUUGACUCUGAGUUGGCCUAGUAAUAUAACUAUCAUCGCAAUUUUGAUAAUUGUAUUGUUGACUCUGAGUUGGCCUAGUUAUAUAACUAUCAUCGCAAUUUUGAUAAUUGUAUUGUUGACUCUGAGUUGGCCUAGUUUUAUAACUAUAUAACACUAAUCGUGAGGCCUAUUUCUUAGUCACGACCAAGUGAAGACUGAGAAUAUAUCAGGAGAUACACUGCAAAA